AUGUACUUAGCCGAUUUGAACAACCGAUACAAAAGCCUCCUAGUUGAGUAUGGUGGCGAAGAAUAUUGUCCGGAUGACGUAAAAUAUUAUAGCUCGACAAAACUGCAAUCAAAAAUUGAGCAACAUUUCGGAGAUAGUGUCAUUAUUCGAUCGUCUGAUUCUCUUAAUAAUAAAAAAGUUGUUCAUAAAAUACACAUUGAUAUUGAGUAUUUAAUAGAUGAAACUGUCAUUGAAGAGAAUUCCGAGCAAAUGAAGUUUGAAGAUGUACCGUUCAAAAUAAGACGUGAAAUAUUGAACUUGAAACAGAAAAAACUUCCAAAAAAUCUUCGGGUCGAAAAAAUUCAAGAAGGCGAGUGCGAGAACCCUCAUAUGCUUGAAAAUUUCUUUCGUCAUCUUGUGCAAGGACCAGAUGUGCGUAGAAAAAGUUCAGAUAAUGAUAGUGUUCGGAUAGAUUCAAUAUGCCAGGAUCUUAUUUUCAUUGUCAUGAACGUGUCGGAAGAAAAAUCUAUGGAUAAAAGUUCUGACAAUUCUGGACCGUCUCGUAAAAGACGAAAAUUUGAUGAAGUUGCACACAAUGAACGAUCUUCGUAUAUCAGAAAGCCUAUCACAGACUUCAAAUUGUUGCCUUUCGAUGAUAUGUGUUUUGGGAAACAAACCACUAUAGACAAUUCAGAAAUGCAAAUUGUCCAGUACUUGCCACAAAUCAAUGCCUUCCCGACUUCAUUUGCAGUAGUACGAGAAACGUUGGAAAAAGCUUCGCAAAUCGCCGAUAGGUGUAAUCUAUCAGACAUCGUUGUUUCAUACGACUUGGCGAUCGCUCGAAUGGCUCAUGAAAUUCGAAUCAAUGAAUCCCCAAUCGAUUCUUGCGGCAUCGUCGACAUUCUAACAGAGGCGGAAAUCUUAGCUCAAGGGUCAGUAAAUUCUUUCAUUGACUGUAAACAUUUCAACAGGUGUAAACGUCUUUAUCCCAUAUUGUCGGCCGCCAUUCAAACAAUUCAUUUCUCUCAAUUUUUGGAAAACGAUACGACUUCUGUCGAGACUUUGGCAGAGGAUUUAAAAAAUGCCGCUUCCAAUCCCGUUGAACCACUGGAUUUCAUUGAUAUGUCUCCAAGUUUGCAAAUCAUUCUUCACAAGUAUGAAGAAUAUCGUUCGGUCACGUUGAAUGGAGGUCAUGGGAAGACUGCACAGUUCUACUUACAAUAUGUGGAACACAUCGAUGCUUAUUUCCGAUUUUCAAGAAGUAUCAGAACAAGUAAUGUGGAAUUGUACAUCACUUCUAUGUUUGAAAUGAGCAAUCUUUUCUUCUGUCUCAAUCAACCAAACUACGCGAGAUGGUCUAUGAAAAAUGUUUCUGAAUUUCUGAAAGUACGAUCCAGCAAUCCUACUCUACUACACGAGUUUAGACGAGGAAUUCUUGGCGUCAAAAGGGUCAAGGGAAAUUUUUCACGAACCCAUGUCGAUUUGACAACCGAGCAAACGAUUAAUGCUGAUGCAGCUAAUACGCUCACUGGAUUAAGAAUGCUUUGGAUGGCCACUCUUGGCGCCAUUUUAGUAUGGUAUAGUGUGCCAUUUGCAGAAAGCAGUUCUGUUACCCGACCAGGUUAUCAAAUCAAUCCGAAGCCCUGUUGGGUAGACGGUCAAGAAGGCACCUGCAUGUUCGUCUACGAAUGCAUCAAGUCCGAAGGUUAUCACAUAGGUAUGUGCGUGGACACUUUUAUGUUCGGGUCGUGUUGUGCGCAUAACACUACAGUGAACACUAUUUUAUCGUUAAGUUCGUCGUCAUUAAAGCCACAAGUGUUGUAUACGGCACCUAGUCAUACAUCCAGUAUUCAUAGUCAAGUCACCAAAAAGCCAGUCAAGCCAACGUCGUCGUUUAGUCAUCAGUAUCCUAGUAGUCAAAUAAGACCAACCAGGUAA